UUUUCCAUCUUUCGUUUAGCCAGUGUGUCUGAGCGACAUCACAAACAGCUUUCAUUUCUCACAGCAGCAGAUCCCCGGCAUGUGCAGAGUCAAAUAAGCAAAGUGAGGAAGCAGCUCAGUCCUCUGCCACCUCUCAACAGGAAGGAACAGCUUCUGAACUGUGACUUGCCAAAACCUUACCACCUUUUAUCUUCAGUACCUCUUUAAGAGCCGCGACAUCUUUUGUUCUAAGGAGUCUACGGAAAUAUGCUCUGCAUGCCACUAGAAAGGGGGAACUAGUGCUCAUUCUCCUUAUGCCGCCCCUCCUCUUCUGAGGAACAAGAUCCCCUUCUAAACCCAACCUCCCCUAACCUCUCUACUUUUCAUGUUGUCUGCUUGGUUUUGUUUUGCCACAAACUGCUUGGAUGAGUGCAGGCGGUUCUCAGUGUGCGGACGGCUUGCUGAGACAGGACGUACAGCGUAAGGUCCUUGCUGGUCAUGGGAUGCUGCAGCGUGACUCAGAGGCAUACGGGAGUGGACGAAGUGGGUCCAGAUGAAAUUGAACUGCUGGAACUCUCUGGAGACAAUUUGGGAGUAUGGAGUCUGAGCGAAAACAGAGUUCAGCUGUCGGUGAGGAACAGCAGAGAUGAGCAGCAGCUGGCACCACAGCCGCCGUGUAAAGCCUCAGUGCGACACCUGGAGCAGGAGGUGGUGCUGUGGGGCAGGACCAGAGAUGAGCUCCACCACAGGAUUUACUCUCAGCAGCCGAUCAGGGGCUGGGAGGGCCAACCCGCUCAUGUUUACGGAGAGGUCAUCCACUCCUCUGUGGUGUCUCUCUGCAACAACUAUUCAGAGGAACAAAGUGAACGGUUCUUGUUGUUGUUCCCUUUUCACCUUUUAAUCCUCUCCCUGGAUCACUCCCAAGAAGACUUCAUUUACGAGGGUAUACUUCCUGUUUCUGGCUUGUCUGUUCGAGGCGUAUCCCUGCAGCUGGAUGCGUCACAUCCAACACACAUGUUUGAGAUCACCAGUGCAAUGGUGGACUCCAAGGUGUUUACAUGUGCCAGUGCAGGAGAGUCACAGAGAUGGAUUCAGCACAUAGAAGACCGGAGAUAUGAGUCCAUGAUGCAACCCAUGAGUCCCUCCCAGUGUGCUCUUUCUUAUCUUCUGCCCUGUGAUGAAAACUGGAAAAGAGAGGAGCUGAAGAAAUAUGUAAUGCAGGCCCCUAUAUGGAACUGGGAGGGCUCACCCAUACACCACAUGGGUCAGCCUGGACACACCUCCAUUGUUCACAUCAUCAACACUCAAAGACAGGGUCUCCAAGAAAGACUGAUGAUUCUCUUUCCUCAAGAUCUCCUGCUGCUUUCUGUGGACAGUAAGCGGCUGCAUAUAAAAUAUGAGGGCAGGUUGGCUAGACAGAGCAUCAAAGCAGUGGAGCGCUCAGCACUUCCUGGACGCUUAGAGUUUGAACUAAGAGGGGAGCUGCUGGAGACGCUGCAGGUCUCCUGCACCUGCGUGGAGGAUUAUCAGGCCUGGAUUUUUUAUCUGCAGCAGCCAGACAGAGACAGCCACAUUAUUAUGAGUCAGCCUCCUCCUCCCUUAGUGCCAAAGCUGCAGAGGAACAGGAAGGAGUCCCAGGAGCCGAUUUUAGCAGGCGACCAGUGUCACAUCAACGGCAGGAGCUGACCUGCAGGUCUCAGGAAAAUCUUUAACACUGGACUGUUCACUAUAAGUCCAAAUCAACUUUUAGAUAAAGUAUUUAUUUACUUGGAUGUUUGCCAGAAUAAGGGUGGAAAGUUCUUGUCCUAAUUUAGAUAUAAUUCGCUGAGUUGAUUAUUUGUAAGUACCGUAAAAGAAAGGUUUUACGGUACUAUUUCAUGUGUGAACAGACUGAAACCAGGUCAUGACCUGGUUUUAGAGGAGAGAUGGUAAAUAUAUAGAGCAGAAA